AUGAACCCAUUUGAUGCUUCGAGCUGCUCGUCAACAUUCACCGCUAUGAACAACGGCUCGUUUCCUCAGUUCCAACAACAACUUGUUCAACAACAACAAGCCCAACACAUACAACAACCACAGGCCCCACAACAAAUGCAACAAUUUCUCCAAUUCACACCACAAGUUUAUCAGCAGGACCUCAUGUCUCAAAGCGGAUAUCAACAAGAGGUAUAUCAACCGGAAUUCAUCAAACAAGAGACUCUCAACCAAAACUUUCAACAACCAGUUUACCAAGACGUUCCACAACAACUUGUGUUUAAACCACAACAAUUCCAGCCAAUGUCUGCACCAGUCUUUUACCAACAACAACAGCAACAACCUACGUUCGUCCAACCAAAUGUCUUUGUCUCUCCUAUUAGAUAUGCUCCUCUCUCUUCCGUUGUCAGCGACCCCAGACUUCUCCAACCACAAGAAAAAGUGACACGAUAUUCCCCACUCACAACUCAACACCCCUCUAAUUACGUCCACGCACGUCUUUCUCCGCCGCCACCAAACACCACGGUUCGACGGGAUAUGGCUUCAUCAGGUGAAAAUUCCCCAAGAACAUCAUUGAUGUACACCACAGUGGACAGGUCAAGACACUUCUCCCCGGACUUUCCGCGGUCUUUUUCUAAUGACCGCACGGUUUUUAGUCAGCGUGCAGACUCGCCGGACUUCGGUUACGACCUUUCAUAUCGAAGUGUGAAAGGUACACGACCGUCCCUUUCUGAAGACUCCGACUACGAAGACCGACCAUACUCCGCUCCACUUAAAGCUGCAAGAAAAGUCAUUCCUGAUAAAGACGUGUUGCACACGGGAGAGUACACUGGAAAGAUGGAAUUUGAGACGUUGGACGAAGCCAUUGAUACCAUGAUGGCGUGGGCAGACAGUCAAAACGUUGUACUGAGGAAGGGGAGUGGUAACAACAAAACGAUGCGAGACGGGUCAAGGAAGAAACAAGUGUUAGUAUGUCAGUGUUCAGGGAAGUAUCGAAGUUGUUCAUAUUCUCCAAAAGGUGGCUCUUCUAACUCAAGUUGUGACGAACCACAACGGGUCGGAUCACCGAAGCCCCAUUCGAAAAGAAAGUCGAAAAAGACAGAGUGUCCAUUCAGAAUUAAUUUGAACUUUCAGACGAAAACAGGAAGGUGGAACAUCACGAAGAUAGUUCUAGAGCAUAACCACCCCUAA